AUGGCUAUCAUCAGUACAAUUUUGGAGUCGGCCUUCAAUAGCCCGACGGUGCGAACCCACCACGGAGAUCUCGGAGCUGAAAUUCGGGAUGGAUUUGGGGAACCAGAACAGAACCGCGGAUUGACAAACGACCUCGCGGUUGUAUCACUUACCUUCGCUACACUCAGUCUCAUCCUGACUCUGUCGACCUUUUAUUGGUUCGUGAAAAUGAGGAAGACGUUUCGGCAUGAUGACUUGAUCAAGUCGGUGUGGUUUGUCAUUCCCUCGAUUGUGCACCUACUCCGAGGUCCUCUCCGCUCCAACUCUGCCCUUUGCCAAAUUGCCGGGUUCGGUCUCGCGCUAGGCAUCGAGGCAUCUGACAUCGCAGUUCUGCUCAUCGCCAUCCAUCUCCUGAUGACCAUCUUGCGCCUGCGGACCGGCCUCUAUCGCUACCGAUACUGGGCAUACGGAGCUUACUGCUUCUUUCCCGUGCUAUUUGCAAGCUUGGCUUUUGUGGACGGCACGGGCUACCAGGAGGCUGGCCAUUAUUGCUACCUUCGUACAGACAAGAGUUGGGCACGACGGGCCCUCAGUUGGGUUCCUCGCUACAUCAUUUGUUGCAGCAUUCUGGCCAUCUAUCUGUUUGUCUACUUUUACGUUCGCAGCAGAUUGGAGGACUAUGGGAGGAGAAGCUCGGGAAAUAUGAACCACCCGCACUCCCGGGACACAGAUGAUGUGCCUCCUACCCCUCGACUGAUAUCACACGGACUACUCGCGUCGCUACCAAACUCUCGAAGAGGAUCUGCAGCCGACCAGAAUGUUGCCAUCAAGGACCGCAACAGGUCUUUGUCGUCGAUCAGCACGCUUCAGUUCGAAUUGCAUGUGGACGAAGCUGGAGAGCAGCCGGUUAGCAAGGGACGACGGUCAUUAAAGCACGGGCCAGCGAAGAUGAACUGGAAUUGGCCUGGAUUUAGACCACCCAGGGCCAGCCGCUCUGACAACUCAUCUUCCAGCCCACGCUCCUAUUGGCAUAGGCCAGUGCCUUCGGAAUGCUCAACAGUGCAUGGAAACCACGCCAGCCAUGACUUGCCGCCAAGCUCCACCAACACUGUGAACCAAGGCACAUAUCACAUCGAUCUCACCCUAACCCACAUCCUCACAAUGCUUCGAAAGGGACCUCCGCGAACGUCCAACACCCCUCCCACCACUCGACCUUCCUCGAUGACGAUAUCGCCCGAUUCAAUUGGUGGCGACUCGGGCGUUACUCGCAACCGCGAGAGGGCACGCCGUCAGCUCUAUGCGCUGUUUGCUUACCCGCUCGUCUACAUAAUUGUCUGGAUAUUUCCCUUCCUCUCCCAUGUAGGCUACGACGACAAAAUUACUCCGAAUGACCCGCAGUGGAUAUUGUUUGUGAGCAUGGUCAGCCUCGGUAUCCAGGGCACGGUCGACUGCAUGCUCUUUACUCUGAGAGAGCAACCCUGGAAACAUGCCCAUGGGGACUUUUGGACUGCGCUACGGGCACGGAUGCGGUUCAGUGGCAGCUGGAGAGAUGUCGGGUUCGCGGGCAGGACCAGAGAGGAAAUGUUCCAUGACAGUCAGCUUGCGAGGAAAAGACGGGAGCAGGAAAUCGCGGACGAGAGAGCCCGACGCGCUGUUCACGAGGUCACUCAAGAGGGUGCUGAUGUUGAAGCUGGUGCUGGUGGCGCUAGGGGUGCUGCGACGAGGAAGACUGGAGCGGUUGAGUGGUGGGAUACAGCCGAUUUACUCGAUGGGAUGAUCGAUGACGAUGAAGAACUACGCGACGAUGCGAAUGAUGAUUUUUGGGCUCAGCUUUACCGGUUGAAUGGAGACUGA